UAUUAACCAUUUGUUUUUAAAGGGGUUGUUCUAAAUCUCGUCCACGCGAACUCGGAAAUAGUUCGUCUGCACAAGACCACAGCGUGGCAUGUUAUGUUAUCGCCCGGUUUGUAAACGAUGAUAGUUUGACCGUGACAACAUACAACUAGUUUGAGAUGAUGUUGUUUUCACCAGUUAGACAUCUUAGCAAACCAGUGACAACAUAUUUGACGCACUUUAGAAGAGGUUUACAUUUAGAUGACAGAUUGGCCUCAGCUUGUGUUAUAGACGGGAAAUCAGUUGCAAAGGCAAUCCGUGAGGAAGUGAAGUCGGAGAUUGAUGAGGUGGUGUCCAGUGGGCGUCGUCCUCCCCAUCUGUCUGUGGUACUUGUUGGCGUCGACCCUGCCAGCCAGGUGUAUGUCAACAACAAGAUCAAAGCAACAAAGCACACUGGUAUAACAAGCUCCACCCUCAAGCUCCCGGCUAGUGUGACGGAGGCCGAACUGUUGAGUCACAUUGACACUUUGAACAAGUCGGCAGAGGUGGAUGGAAUCCUGGUCCAGUUGCCAGUUCCACCUCACAUCCAUGAGCGUAGGGUGUGCAAUGCUGUCACACCAAGCAAGGAUGUGGAUGGGUUCGGUGUGGUGAACAUCGGGCGCUUCUGUGUGGAUCAGACAGCCUAUGUCCCAGCGACGCCAGCAGCAGUUCUGGAAAUCAUUCGCAGGACAGGUAUCCCUACAUUUGGAAAGAAUGCUGUAGUUGUUGGCCGAUCAAAAAAUGUGGGCCUGCCAAUUGCCAUCCUCCUCCAUGCUGAUGGACGCAACGAUACAGAUGCAGGUGAUGCAACAACGACAAUCUGCCACCGUUUCACGCCCCCAGAUCAGCUGAAGGUGUUCACCACCACCGCGGACAUCAUCAUAGCGGCUGCUGGAGUGCCUAACCUCAUCACUGCCGACAUGGUCAAACCGGGGGCCGCAGUCAUCGAUGUGGGCAUCAACAGGAUCAAAGAUGAAGAAACCGACAAAACUAAGCUGGUGGGAGAUGUAGAUUUCCAAGGUGUGAGGGAGAAGGCUGCCUAUAUCACCCCAGUCCCUGGAGGGGUGGGGCCGGUUACCGUUGCCAUGCUGAUGAAGAACACACUGCUGGCGUACAAGAAGGACAUUGACUUUGAGUUGACAUAAUCUGUGGGCUUCACUCAUAGCACAUGUUUUGAACAAAUGCUAUUGUUUAAUCAAAGGAACAAAAUAGAUGUUGUAGUUCCAGAAAAUCUCUACAUUUAUCCUAGUGCUAGACCAAGUAAUUCAGCUUGAAAAUCAUUAAAUGAUCAUAGAUAGCGUCUUCAGAGUUCCUAGGCUUUAUAACUAGGAUCAAUAGGAGUUCGUAAUCAAGUCAUGUAAUGAUUUAGCGAUUACUCAACUCUGAAAAUGCCUAUCGUAACAAACUGUCUUGCUAAGAUUUUAGAUAAUUAAUAUAUAUGUAUACUUAGUAGGAAGUAUAUGGCAAGAAGAGCUCGGUCAUGACAAAUGAAUUUAUGCUCAUUACUUUUGUCUUAAUGCUCAAAAUGUAGUAAUUAUUUGUUUCAUAUCAAGCGUCAUAACUGUAUUCCGAUAGGCUGUUUGACUUUGUGGUAAAGACAUUACCAGGUUUUUAUCUAUCAUUAAUAAUUUAUGAUGAUUUCAAUCAGUCACUUUCACUUAUCUUUUCCUCCCUGUAGUGUUGGAUAUGAUCUUGUGUUAACAGAAUUGUUGAGAUAAUCAUGCAUCUAAUUAGUAAUCUAGCUCUGUAGUCUCUGUUUGUGUGCUGAUGUGCUGAUGUGUUGAGUUUGGAACAGGAAGCGAAGUGAACAAUAUCAAUCUUUACAUACAGGAAAUAUUCCUUAGGUCAUGAAAAGGAAGCAAUUGUUCACCAUCAGUUGAAUGUCUUUGAUUUGUUUACUUGAAUUAUUCCUUAGGCUAAAAAAAAUAAUAGUCUUAGUUCUCAGGCACCGCCCAUAUCAUCAUAAGUUCGCCACCCGUUUCGUCUUUAUUUCAAUUUUGAAAAAAAACACCAAACAUUUUAUUUGGUUACAUACCACAUGUAGUUUGAACAACACCACCACCCCCCCCCCCAAUUUAACACCGCCCACCCACACUAUAUUUUCAAAAGCCAUUGCCUGAGAUCCAAUUCUUUUAUUUUUUUAAGCCUUAAGCAGGUUUGUCCCCCUCAUGGCUGCAGAAGUUCUGUCUGGAUAGGUAAAAUCUGCAGUGCAGUGUUUAAGGCUGGAUCUAUGCUGAUUUGUUGUGGUGAGUUCCUGAAGCAGUGAACAUACCUUGGCCACACUGGUGUGUUUCUAGUUACCAUCAUUGUUGUGGUACAGUUACAGGGAUGACAAAGGGGAAAACAUGCAGAAACUCUGUAACCUGGGGAUUUACUGUUACCUGUUUUCUAUCUGAAUUAUAGCACAGCCAAAUGUGACUUUCAACAAACAGUUCCAUGAAAUGGACUGUUGCAGUACCUAAUUGGGAAUUAAGUGUACUUUGGGUGAUCAAAUAGCAAGCUCUCACAUGGCAGGAGUAUUAGGCUGUGCUUUAAGGUUAAAGGUUACACACAACUGAAUAAGCAUGUACAACCAAGAGCCUUGGUAGGAUUCAAGAUCUUCGGUGCAUUGUUAUGUCUCUAGAUUAGAUCUCUGGUACAUCGUGCUAAUUUCUGUUAAUUUGUAACAUUGAAAAACUGUGUACGGAGCAACACUAGGAAACUGUUUUAAAAUCAGUUGAACAAAUACUUAAACAAUAUUAUUGUACUUGCCGUUGUAUGUCUGACAGACUCACUGGUGAUAUGUCGUGUGUCACUGUAGAACUCACCGAUGUGUGUGAGGUUGUUAUGUUUGCAUGAUCGGUCUGUUCUGUGUGUCUCGGUGUGUUAAAAUUGCACUACAGCGACCCGACCUCCAUGUACAUGCUGGUCUUAGUGUUAUCCCGUCCAUGUGCCAUAGAAACACCAAAAGGAGGGUUUAUUUUAAAGUCAGAAACCUCAUAUGUCUGUGUAUUCUAUAUUUACUUAAGCUCAUCAACAAAGAGUCGAUAAUCAUUUAGCUUUGCAAACACUUUGAGAUCUGGAUAGACCCAUGAAGAUCCGGGGUAGAAUAGGUCUUCAGCAACUCGUCCUUGCCGUAAAAGGCGACUAUGCUUGUUGUAAAAGGUGACUAACGGGGUCAGGUGGUCAGGCUCGCUGACUUGGUUGA